GUGAGAUUUCACUCUGAAAACAGUGAUAAUGAUUAGAAACUGUUGAUUAAUAUUGCAAGAGAAAACUUACAAUAUUGUUUUAAAAUAAGUUAAAUUAUUGAAGAACAAAAAUGAUAAUUCAGAAAAAUGCAAAUACUUUAAAAUAUGUAAGUUUAGUUACUUUGACUCUUCAGAAUGCAGUAUUGGGUCUUAGUAUGCGGUAUGCACGAACAAGACCAGGUGAUAUAUUUCUAAGUUCUACUGCCGUUUUCAUGUCCGAGGUUGUCAAACUUAUUACAUGUUUAUUUCUCGUUUUUAUAGAGGAAGGUAAGGAUACUAAAAAAUUCUUCCAAUCUCUCUAUAAAGUCAUCAUAGAAAAUCCAAUAGAUACUUUAAAAGUUUGUGUGCCAUCUUUAGUUUAUAUCGUGCAAAAUAAUUUAUUAUACGUGUCUGCAUCACAUUUGGAUGCCGCUACAUAUCAAGUGACAUAUCAAAUGAAAAUUUUAACCACAGCAUUAUUUGCCGUGUUUAUUCUUAGAAGAAAAUUAUUGAAUACACAAUGGGGAUCCUUAGUGCUACUAGUUAUUGGUGUUGUGUUGGUUCAAUUAGCACAAACCGAAAAAGAGAAUGUGCUAUCACCAGGAAAUUUAGAACAAAAUCGUUUAUUAGGUCUCUGGGCGGCACUUGGAGCUUGCUUUCUUUCAGGUUUUGCAGGAAUUUACUUUGAAAAAAUUUUAAAAGAUGCUGAUAUAUCAGUAUGGAUGCGAAAUGUUCAGUUAAGUUUGCUGAGCUUACCGUUUGGAGCUUUAACUUGUGUAGUUAAUGAUGGUCAUCGAAUUUCCAAUAAUGGUUUCUUUUUCGGAUAUGAUUCAUUUAUUUGGUAUUUAAUUCUAUUGCAAGCUGGUGGAGGAUUAAUCGUUGCUGUUGUUGUUAAAUAUGCGGACAAUAUAUUAAAAGGAUUUGCUACUUCGUUAGCGAUAAUAAUUUCUUGUAUAGCUUCAAUAUAUUUAUUUAAUUUUCAACUGACAAUGCAGUUUUCAUUGGGAGCAAUGAUUGUUAUAGCAUCUAUUUUUUUGUAUGGAUAUGACCCUAAUAAAGUAUUAAAAUCCAUUAAGAGAUGUAAAACGACAGCUCAUCAUAAACGAAGAAAAGGACUAGUUCGCGCUGUAUUUUGAAUGAAAAGAAAAGGACAUGCAUAAACAACAAAUACGCUUAGUAAUAUUAACUAUCAUAAUUACUACCAAUAAGCCUAUGCAUAAUUAUUAUUACCAUUAAUUUCAUUAAAAACUACUUAAUACUAAAACUACUGAUACUAAAAACAAUAUAAAUACUCCAAAUCAUAUAUUAUAUUAUAUACAUACA